CAGCCCCCACCGACCGGCCGCCCCUUCCUGCCCUUCCGCCGGGCCCGCGUCGCUCGCUGCGCUCCGCGGCGCGUUGCAUAAGCGCGAAGCAGCCCGAGCGGGGCACGGGACGGAGGCCGCUGCUCUUGCCGGGCCCAUGGCGGGGCUCGUGGCCGCCGGUAAAGUUGUGAAGUUUUUGGACAAAAAUGCCUUUUCUGCUCUGCGGAUGGCUAAAGGAAAACACUGGCUGAUCAACAGAAGGCUGUGCAUUAAAGCUGAGGACAGCAAAGCUCAGAAGCCCAGCAGCCCCAGCCCAGCGCCCCCCUUCCGAGUGCCAGGACACAAGCCUUCCGACUGGGACAAGAAGUUUUUGCUUUGGACAGGCCGCUUCAAGAAAGUAGAAGACAUACCGGAAACCGUGUCGUUUGAAAUGGUUGAUGCCGCAAGGAACAAGAUGCGCGUGAAGAUAAGCUACCUCAUGAUCGCUUUGACCAUUGUGGGCUGCAUCAUCAUGGUUAUUAUGGGAAAACGGGCUGUUGCAAGACAUGAAUCCCUCACAACCCAGAACAUGGAGAGAAAAGCUCGCUGGAGAGAAGAGGCUGCAAGAGCCCAGGCCAAACCCUAACCAGGAAUGCUGGUGCCCAAGUGAUCCAGGCCUUCUGUUCUGAAGGGGCAGCAACUAGAGGGAGACCCUGUCAUAAGUUGUCACAUUCAGUAUUUCAGAAACAGAAAAUAAAUUAUUUUGUAAUAGUUCUGACAUUCCAUUAAUUGCUGAUGAGGAUGUCAUAUUUUGGUAGUAUCAGACUCCUGUUAAUAGCAUGUAAAGGCAGCUGGACCAGGCACUCAGGUAUUAAAUCCACUGCCUUUCAGUACCUUUAUGAGUGUAUUAAUGUUUAUGGCACUUGUAAAAGGCACAUUAACCCUAUCCACAUGGCAGGCUUGUAGAGGCACUGAACUUCACUGGAAAAAAUUGAUGUAAGCUUGUUUUGUUUAAGCAAAUAAGCAGACAUUUUAAUAUUGAACAUUUCCCCUCAUGCUUAAAUCCAGUUGUGUAAACAUGCACCGCAACAGUAAAGGUUUAUGUAUAUUGAA